AGUUGUGUUCUCGUGAUUGUCAGUGCCUUGUAUUUACCGCAGAUUACGUACCAUAUUUGGACCGUAUCUAAGGCUACGUAGUCCUGUCGGAUGUUCAGUUUCAGUUACCCAAGCGAAUAUUGGUGCAGUUAUUCAACGAAAUGGGAUCUUAUAUUGAUGAGGAUACUGGUGACAAUUCAAGCAUCUCUGAAAUAACACUACAGUCGGACACUUCUAUGAGUGAACAACAAAAUGCUCGUAUGUAUUUUUUCCUUGUUUAUUCGAGUUGCUAUUACUGCGAUUUGUAUUUCAUAAUAUUUUGCUCUCGUUUUAAUGGUGUGAUCGGCAAAAAUUGUGUCAACAUGUGCCUAACUUCACUAAAAUUUUCACAACAUUGUCAUAGAUUUAUACGACUCACAUAAAAGUGCAUCUCUAUUGGCGAACUGUCUUUAGCAUACGUAUCCGUUCGACUCCAAAGGUCUCGAACACAGUCGUUUUUAAUGUAUUUGAAAAUACUUCGUGCUUUGAAAAAUUAUGUUUGCUAAUGAUAUCUUUUAACGAGUGAUUUGGCGUUUGGAUUGUGAUCGCACAGCCUUCCUUCAUUUAUUUAGUUAUUCUAUGGCAACGAGCAUUCAAGAAGGUUAAGUCAAUAGACCUGGACUCAUGGAGCAGUCUACCAUGGGAUAAAUGUCCUGUUCGAUGCGCCCUCAGACACCGGUACAGCGCAAUCAAGAAGAAAUGGGUUGUGGAUGAAGUGCAGAUCAAAAUGGAAUCAGAACCGUUCGACCGUGGAGCAAUGCGAGAAUGCUUUAGAAUGUACGUAUAUAUUUAGUGUUUUCACUCUUAUGUCUACACGUUCCGUACUUUCACCUAUUUUUAUUCGUUCUACUGAACAUAGUCUAACAAAACUCAAUCUUCUAUUUCACCAUCAAAACUGACUGCUUUUUCAAUAACUUCUGUAGGAAAAAACAGAGUCAGAGAGCAUCAGGUACUAAUGACUGGCACCAUACGUCAAAUUAUGUGGCCAAGCGAUACAUAGCCCCUACAGACAAACAGAUAUACUUUGACGAUGUACGUCUACAAAUGGAAGCAAAGUUAUGGGGUGAAGCUUUCAAUCGCCAUAAUCCUCCCAAAAAGGUGGAUAUCUUCCAGCUGUCUAUACUCGAAUUGUCUCCUGACAGUUCUGUUGGUAGUGAUCAAUUAGAUUUUUCACCAGUAUUUUUCCAUAUUGAACGCUUUAUGGAAGGAGAAUAUCGUAAAUACAACUCAAAUUCUGGCUUCGUUGAUGAGUGCUUACGUAAUACCCCACAGACCUUUAGCCACUUCACAUUUGAACGUUCUGGUCACCGAUUAUUAGUAGUAGAUAUCCAAGGUGUUGGAGACUUGUACACUGAUCCUCAAAUUCAUACAUCAGAUGGAGUGGGCUACAAUGACGGCAAUCUAGGUACGCGGGGUAUGGCUUUAUUCUUUCAUAGCCAUAGAUGUAAUCCUUUAUGUAAAUGGCUAGGAUUGGCUCAAUUUGAUUUGGCACCCUCUGAAUUAGAUGAGCCAAUGCAGUGUCAACAAACUGACCAAAUUCCACCUAACCCCUCAGAAAAAGAAGUCAAUCAAAUUGACCUGAGUAUAUAUGGGAUGUUUCGCAAAUCGAAAUUUCGUCGACGCACAAUCAGUCUAAAUAAUCAGAUGUCCUGCAAAUCUCCGUCUCACUUAUAUGGUCCAACAGUUGUUCGUUCAUCUGAGAGCAUGCUCAUGUCGGCACUUUCUGAAACUCGUCGUCGUUGUGCUAGUGUCUCACUUUGUGAUCAUCCUAAAUCUGUGGGACAAAGUUCGGAUUGCGUAUCAUCUUUCCAUUCAGUAGGUGACGGUCUUUCAUUCGACAGUCCUGACGCUCUGAAGCUUCGUGAAACAUGUCUAAAUCCCCCUUUUCAGCUAUCAAGCCGCCAACUUUCACCUGAUUUAAAUAUAUCUGGUCACGGACAGAGUUGUCCACAACCAAUGCAAAAUUUCAGUUCGGUUGUCUCCAAGCAACCGGAUUCAAGAAAUCGUGCAGCAUCUGGUGAUUCAGGAUAUGUUGGACGAAUUAAUUUAAUCCAACCUUGUUCCGACCUACCUGUUAGUAGAUCUCACGAAAUCGCUUCUGGAUUCGAUCAAAACUGUAUGGAUUUUUGUGGUGAUUCUACCUCAGUUGAUUUACCAGUACGUAUAUCUCAAUCUAAUGUCCUGGGUAUGCGGUCCUUAGAAUCUCAUCCAUUAGUGGAUGAAGCCUUUCCUACGGGAUCAUAUUAUUCAAUUUCCAAUCGUAGUAUCUUUAUUUCCAAAAGACAGCGUAAUAUCAGUGAAUCUAGUGAUGUAGAUGCGGAAGAAUGUCAUCGUGUGCCAGGAAACUUGUUGUAUCAACUAAUGCAUGAAAAUCACAAACCCAGUUGUGCCGAUCAUCCUACAAACUUGGAUCAAGAAAUUGGCCAUUCCAUUCUUGGGCAAAUACAUCAUGAACUUGCUAGACUUCAUGAAGCUGGACGUUUCAUUCCAAAUAAAGGUCAAUGGUCACAUGUAGGAUUAAGAGGUGAAGGGAUUUUCAACAAGGACUCUUGGGAAGUUAGUGAGUUCGAAGAAUCACAUAAUGAAGCAAAUAAUGACCCAGUAACUUUGAUCGAUUGGUCAGCCGUCCUAUUCCAUGAAAGUCACGCUGCUCAGUUAGGCUGUCUGGAAGCCAUGAUAGUCAUGGCACAUUAUUAUCUUGGUUUACCAACUCAGCUGCUACUGGAGUGCCCAAUAAAACCGGAUCCAAGUGAUAUACGUAUUGGUAUCGAUCAUCUUUGGCGUGCUGCAGAAGGUGGUGAUCGUCGAUGCAUGAUCCUACUCGCUCGCUAUUUAGAUUUGUCAGUUAAUUUCCUAAAUCCAGGACAUCAACUCAACUUCAUAACAAAUUCGCGUGACAUAUUUAUGCUUCCUGCCUUACAAUCGUUUCUUAACAACGAUAGUCAUUCAUUACUUCCCUCCAUAUCCCCUGAUUCUUGGUCCGAAGCUAUAGGGUGGUAUAAACGAGCAGUCGAUAGCGCGGUAGGUUCAUCCGCUUCCAGUGAUGGAUGUACAGAUGAAGGUUUAGAUGCUGAAGGUCACUAUGAUGCUGCUGAAGAUUUGUUACCUGUUUAUCGUAUCUUGGCUCGUAUGGCUGAAAUGUAUUCUGUCGGUGGUUUCGGUCUUAAGCAAAAUUUUUCUUUAGCUGGUAAGUUUGUACUUGUGAAAUUUGAUAUUUUGCGCUGUAUAACAAAGUAAGUAGUAGGGUUUGUCAAUGGAUACAGUAUACUAGUAAUAAUUAUUAUUUCGUCCACCUUGUUGCUUUAAGAAAAUCAAGUAAAGUGAGAAUAGCAUGAUUUACAGAAUAAAAUGAAUUCAUUUUAUUUCGAAACUUCUCAUCAGGUACGAAUCACUUGAAGCUACGAUAACUAAUAUUAUUAUGAACAACGUUGUUCAUUCCUUAAUCAAUAAAGAGAAGUUUAAAGCAAAACACAAAGACAUGGGAAAUGGGAAGAAUACAAGGUAUAUUCUACACAGUUUUCAAGAGUGAACAGUAUUUAUAUGUUAAAAGUGAAGCCAUAUAAUGAAUUGUGUUUUGUCAUAAGUACUGAUCAGCAAACAAAAUGAAAAAACGUCAACAAAUUAGUGGUCUUAAAGUCAAGCCACCUAGUUAAUAUAAAAUGGAUAGCUUAUGUAAUAGAUAAACGUUACACCACUAUAAUUAUUUUGCAUGGCAGUGAGUUUACCACACUUAAUGUGUGCAGAGGUCUGGCCGAGAACCUUUGAUGGUAGUAGCCUCCGCUAAUUAUCUUGAAUGAUUUUUUGAUAUCUACUUCAUGUUCACUGUACAUUAAGUGUUCAGUCAUUUCACUUAUAAACACUACUUCCCUUCCAUUCGAACUCCACCUGAUUAACUAUUGUAUGGAAAAUUUUGUUCAUAAUACUACUAGUAAUCCUAACUUCAAGUCGUUCUCGCUUUAUUCAAGUACUAUUGCUUAGAAAUCGAAAAGUGUCAUAGAUCAGUUUAUUCGUUCGAAGCGACUUUUUUUGUUUUUAGUUUAUCACUGUAGUUAAUAUAAUCAUUAUUUCUUCCUUUUUUCUUCUGUUAAGUUCCUGUGUACUGAAGUAGUGUCGAGACCUAGAGUGUUCUAUAUGUAUGUCAAAUCCUACGUUGUAUUUUUUUAUCCAGUGAUUUUCAAACAAACGAUCUUCUCUAGAUGUAUAGGCUUGAAAAAGAUCUAACGAAGAUAUAAGUUGUAUAACAGUUUGUUUCAGUCUAUUUCUUAAUAUUUUCAUCAAAUAUCUGCCAAUUACUUGUUCCUCCGUUAUGAAUAAUUAAGGCUAUGCCUAUAGUGUUAAAAAUUAGUUACCUACUUAAUGUUCUCCGCGUUUACUUUAUAGCUUAAAGACUAAUUAAUAUUCGUCUAUGUAGUCGCUGUAAUUUCCAUUACAACUUCUACUGUGGGUAGAUGUUCACCCAGGACAUUAACAUAACAGUCUAUCCCUACAAGUUUAAGACGUAAAAUUCUGAAGAAUAAAAUGUAAUCAAUAACGUUUAUUUUUCUAACCUUAAUUGUAUUAUUUUUUUCCUCUAAGAACUUACAUUGUAACCAUAUAAUUUAUUUUGUUUUUUGGAUUUCCUGUCAAGUUUUCGCGUCCAAAAUAAAUCUCAGUCUUAGCAAUAUAACGUAAAGAUAACUCAAAACCUUUUUCCCUCACUUCAAUUUAUUUUGCUUUCAGGAGAUCUAUUCACUCAAGCUGCAGAAAUUGCGUCUGGUUCACUACAGGGUCGUCUGGCUGUAAGAUAUUUUGAGUUAGCAGAUGAAGCAUACUCAUCAAGUGAACAAGUCACAAACUGAUAGGAAGUAUAUUUUGAGUUCAUAGGCGUCAAAAGGCGUGAUUUAACAUGCUCUAUCCCUGGUGUGCUGUUUAUACAAUUAUAAACAUCAGUACUUGUAUUAUUUUUUACUCUUUUGUUCGUGUAAUGUAUUUCUUACGAUCCAUAACACUAGUUUUGGCACUAUAUUGCAGUUCUUUCUAUCUUACAGUCAUCCGGUUGUACUACUUUUGUUUUGCUUGUUAUAUUUCAAUACACAUUUUUCAUUUAUAUCAUUCUGC